CGCGUCUGCUAUUUGGUUGUAGUCUGUACUAGUGGCUGAGCAGGACGAUCAGAGUGCAGCAGCAGCAGCAGCAGCAGCAGAAGGCGGCGGUGGCUCCAUCAGAGGCGGGUGGGAGGCUGUAGGAUGUUGCGUCUGAGCUGCCGAUUUAGGCUGAUCAGAGGCAGAGCUACGAUGCAGUGACAGUCUACACGAAGACACACACACACACACACACAUACACACACACACUGGGAAAGGAGAAGCACACGAAUGCGCACGGGAAAUGAUCCGCUCCUAGACUAUGGCACCGUCGGGCUCGCGUAGUAUCAAGCGGGGCUGCCAGAGAGUUUUGUACUGGAUCCCGGUCCUGUUCAUCGCCCUCAUAGUGGCUUGGUCAUACUACGCCUAUGUUCUGCAGCUUUGCAUCGAGUCCAUUGAAGACACAGGAGAAAAGGUCGUGUACUUGCUGGCCUACCAUGUCAUUUUCAUCAUGUUUGUGUGGGCGUACUGGCAAACCAUCUUCACCAGGCCUAUGAACCCCCUGAAGGAGUUCCACCUGUCCCACUCUGACAAGGAGCUGCUGGAGCGUGAAGACCGAGGAGAGUCCCAGCAGGAGAUCCUGAGGAGGAUAGCCAAGGACCUGCCCAUCUACACCCGCACCAACUCUGGAGCAAUCCGUUUCUGUGACCGCUGCCAGCUGCUGAAGCCUGAUCGAUGUCACCAUUGUUCAGUCUGUGAUAAAUGCAUCCUGAAGAUGGAUCACCACUGCCCCUGGGUGAAUAACUGUGUGGGAUUCUCCAACUACAAGUUCUUCAUGCUGUUCCUGGCCUAUUCGCUACUUUACUGCCUUUUUAUAACCGCUACGGAUCUUCAGUACUUCAUAAAGUUUUGGCUAAACGGCCUCCCAGACACUCAGGCAAAGUUCCACAUCCUGUUCCUCUUCUUCUCGGCCUCCAUGUUUUCCGUCAGCCUGGCGUCGCUCUUCAUCUACCACUGCUGGCUGGUCUGCAAGAACAGAUCCACUCUUGAGGCUGUGCGAGCUCCGGUGUUUCGUCACGGCACAGAUAAGAACGGCUUCAGUCUGGGCUUCAGUAAGAACUUCCGGCAGGUCUUUGGGGAUGAAGUUAAAUACUGGCCUGUUCCUGUUUUCUCCAGUUCAGGUGACGGCUGCUCCUUCCCGACCUGCCUGGUGAAUCUGGACCCUGAGCAGCCGUCGUCACCCAGCGGCUCCAACCCUACCAACAAGACCGCAGCAGAAGGUCGCCAGUUUCCCUCCAAACCUCUGAGAGAGAGUCAGAGUCGCCUGCUGAGCAGCACCCCCUCCUGGUCGGAGAGUGACGGUGCAGCAGACAAGGACAAGAAGGGUGCCAGUAACCCCGGGAUGACCAUCGAAAAUGAGGCGUAACCACGGUUACGGCUGACAACAAACCAGAACAGUCUAUGCUGCCCCUCCUCUGUGUUUGUGCCUAUCAGAACGUGACGUGGUGAUGACAUCAUCUUAUUUCCCACAGCGCACCCCGCUUCUGAGAGUUCGACAUCACACACAAACACACAGACUAUCAUUAUCAGUUACCCGUCUGAAUGUCUGAACAGAAAUUUAAAAAUUGCAUUCCAGAAAUCCAGUUUUUCCUUUAUUUGUAUAUAAACAAGCACAGAGCGGCGACGGAGUUUUGCACUUAAAUCUGUGCGUUACACUUCAUGUGUCAGAAAAUUACCAGGUUCUUUAUGUUGUUUUCAUAGCUUAGCACUCAAGUAAAUGCUGUUAUGAGUUUGCCAAAUGUUUGAGUGUAGAUUAGUAGUGGUGUUAACGUGCUGUAACCGACAUUCCUUCAUUGCCAUUUUUUUGUUUUCGGUGGAGUUUUUGUCGUUUUAUUUUGGAGGGGAGGGGGAGGGCAGGUUUUCGUGGGGUCAAAUGAUGCAUGCUCUCAUCUCAGGAUGUCACUUUGUUGUAGUGAACUGUACCACAACAUCCCCCCCCCCCCCUUUUUUUUUUUGCUUGGAACAAAAAACAAACAGAAAGUGUAGUCGUUAGUAAUUACAUUUCAAUAAGGGCUCUUCUGACUCUUCAUAGCAUGAGUGAGGAUGUUGCUGGUGCUCUGUGCUGCGACAGCUGCCCCCCCUUCUCCCUGCCAAAUUCAACGAGCUGCUGUCUGGUAGCUUGAAGAAAGUACAUGUCAAACUGCUGGCCAAAAAGCUUCCUGACUGUUUGUCUCUGGAGGGCCGGCACACUGGCCGCCAGCAAAAAACACAAAAAAUCAAACAGUGCUGCAGAUCUGCUCACCAUCAAAAGGUGCUGCUGUUUUUCUAUCGUUGCACUGCAGAGCAAAGAAAGAAAAAAAAAAAAGGAAAAUCUUCUCCAGCUGCUUUGUACUUUCAUCUUAUAAAGGAUUGUCUUUGGCUGGAGGUGAUUAUAAACCGUCAUCAGUGAAAAUUAAAGAAUGUAUGCCUGUCUGAAAAUCAGAAAAAAAAAAAGCUUCAGUCGUGUCAAUCUAUAUUUUUCUAUUCUUGUCUGUACGACUUGAGAGACGAUCUGGAUGUGUGAGGCAAAUGUACUGUACAGUUGUGAUGCCUUAUAAGAAUAAAAUGAGCUCAUCUUC